CUUAAGAUAUGCUUUUGAGCUAAUGAAAUAUUAUUGACGACUAUAUUUUAUUCAUCACAAUUAAUGGUGGCACCAUUUUUUCCCUCCAAAAAAAUGCUUUAGUGACGAGUGUUCUUGUCUUUACCGAUGGGUUGUAUAUUUGUCACAAAUACACAACUAUUUGACGAAACAUUACCGAUGACAGUAAAAAAAUUUGUCACUAAAAGUCACUUUAGUGAUGAAUUUAAACUGUCGUCGCUGAAUUUCAUCACUAAUGACCAACUUUUUGUAGUGCCUUUGUACGCACCCCUUCAUUUUCUAUGCAUAGUACCAUAUCCCCUCUAGUUUUGAUGACGAGAAACACACGUUUUUCAGGUACCAAAAACUCUGCUAAAAUCCAAAACUAGUUUUUCUACGUACAUUCUUUUCAAAGAGAAAAUCGAGUCAAGUAUGGUUCUCGCCGGUUCGCUGCGAUCGAUGGGUUCCGGGGUUUGAGGUACCGCUACGCCGAAAAAGGUACGUCCAUUCUAUUAUGGGAGGGAUGAAUCAUUCCAUAAUUUUGGGUACUAGAGGGGAAUAAGAUUCUUUAAGGAGAGAUAGUGAAUUCUAUCGGCUAGGACGCUUGCAUGUGUCUUUGCAUGUUUUCUUAAUCUUAUGUGUUUGUUUGUGUUGCAAGAAAAUAGUAUAUGUGAACAAUUUCCACAACAACAUCGAGCAAGCCACUCUUGCUCCAAAAAAGGCCUCUCCAGAAAAUCGUGGAGAAGCUGGAGCAACUUAUUUUCAUCAAUGAAAAGCUCAAGGGCCACGAUAAAGCCCUUUUCAAAUUAGCCAACUUGAAUCUUAAUAUCUUGCAGAACUUGUAUCAAACUAAGCUAUUACUCCUCAAGUUAGCCAACUUGAAUCUUAAUAUUCAUUCAAGGUAAUGCUACUGUUGUCCUAUGCACACUAAGGAGUCAAUCUUAAUAUGUAUGGUUUACCAGCUCCUUUGUGCAAAUUUUGCAGUGGGUGCUACAAAGAGGAAUGCUACAUGAAGCAGCAAGAACAUGCCGGUUCGGCCGUGGAAUGUUAUAUGGAUGUUGACACCUAAAAUUAAUUUGGCCUAAAUUAAAUGCCGCAUUAAUUAGUCUCGGCAUUUAAUUCGAUACCGCGGGUAAAAAACGGUGUCGUUUGGAGUUUAGCGGCGUCGUGGAGAGUUAAAACGGUACCGCGAAAUAGAAAAACGGUACCGCAAGGAAGCUCACCGGUACCGCGACAGUGGAAACGACAAUGUUUAUCAGAAAACAGGAUGGGGCCGCGCGCGUAGUAUUGGUGUUGGAAAAGGAGUUAUUAUUAUUAUUAUUAUUAUUAUUAUUAUUAUUUUAUUUUUAUUCCUUGUGGGAAGGGGAGAAGCGGUACCGCAUGGAGACAAGCGGCACCGCGGAGAGUUAAAACGGUGCCGCAAGGAGGCUCAGGGGAACCGCGACAUUGGAAACGACACCGUUUACCGGGAAGCAAGAUGUGGGCCGCGUGUUUGGUAUUGGUGUUGGGGAAGGAGUUUUGAUUAUUAUUAUUAAUUAUUAUCUUUAUUCCUUGUCGGAAGGGGAAAACCGGCACCGCAUGGAGACAAGCGGUACCGCGGAGAAUUAAAACGGUACCGCAGAUUUGAAAACGAUGUCGCGAGAGCCUCGUAAGCGGUACCGAUUAAUUAAACCAAAAUUCGCAUAGUCCAAUGCGAGCGCCGAUUGGCGGUGGUUCCAUGGAAUUUGUCUCGACUAUAUCAGCGGUGUCGUUUAAGUUCAAAACAGUGCCGCGAGUAGGCCCAACGGUGCCGUUGUACUAGCAAACGACAGUGUUUAAAAUAACAAACAAUGUCGCGAAAGGAAAAGCAAACGGAGCCGUUUUGGCGCUAAUGAUGUCGUUGGUCAACACGCGUAUUUGACUUGUGAUGGCCGGAUUAAUCAAUUAAUAUUUUAAUGACUGUUUGGGACGGUGUCGUUUAGUUGAAAAGCGAUGCCGCGGAAAAGUAAAACGACACCGCGGUAGUGGUAAGAGUUCGGCCAAAGGCAGCCCGCCAAGCCCAACGACGGCGCAAGAGUAUAGAACGACGUUGUUUGAUGGACUAACAAUGUCGUUGGUUAAACCGGGUCGGGGCAGUUGAGUUGGAUUAUAAAACGACAUCGGUAGGUGAAAGGCGAUGUCGUGGUAUUGGUGAAACGUCAUCGUUACAUGGAUAAGGUUGUAAGUCGUUUCGCCAAUUUCUGCAAAGCAAGAGCGGUUUCGAGGGCACGUGAUUAUCACGCAACAAGGAGGAAGUUACCUGCACGGUUGACAGGAAUGAAGACGUGGGAGACAAAGGCGCCAAGGCAGUUACUACGACGGGGAGAAGCGCGAAGUAUAAAGAUUGGGAAGAGAGAGAAGCUCGGGACGGCAAAAUCAAUUACAACUGCAUCGUCGCAGAAUUUAUCUUUUUUUUCUCUCUCUAGUUCGUAGAACUGCUCUGUCAAAGACCUCCUUUGCAGAGUCGUAGAUCGUAGCUCGUAGUCGUAGUUGCGGAGCUCUCCAGAGGAACCUCCAUAGGAGUAGAGGUAACGUAACUUAGAACACUCCUGGUUCGAUUUCUGGUUAUUCGUCGAACACCCUCGUUCGAACGUAGUUUGGAGAGGUGGUGAACCGAAUAACGGUUGUUUGAUUAGAAGUCAAAGGUGUAUCGAUCAAAUCAACAUCGUCGUCGCCGGUGGUGGAUAUUUGACGGUCGUCCUGAUUUCUGUUUUAAUCGGUCAAAUCAACGUCGCCGACAUUCGGCGGCGGAUAUUUGACGGUUUUUGCUGACUUUGUGUUUGUGCUUACUUGAAAACAGUGCGCAUUGAACACGCGAGUUUCGCCAACGAAACAAUGGAGCAGCAUGACCAUAGUCGCUUCGGCCGUUGAGUGCUAUAUGAAACAACACGACCGUGUUUCUUCGUCCGGACAGUGCUACAUUAAGCAAUAUAACAAUGUUACUAUAUCAGUAGAGUGUUAUAUGAAGCAACAAAUUCCACCCGCCGCUCCAUCCGUGGAGUGGUACUGUUACCAAGGUUGUCAACUCGCGGGGUCGAUCUGCCGGUUGACCUACUUUGACUCUAAUCUGGUGAGAAAAUUGGGUUACACACACCCGCCGGGUCAACUGCUGCAAGGUAUCGUGUUGGAGGUUAAAUUGUGUCAUUUUUUCUUCUUCUUUGAUUUGCGAAAUGCGCCUAUUUUCCAAUUUUGCUUUUCGCCUAAUCCAAAUUUGGGUGUAAUGUUAUAAGUUAUUACUCAAAUCUUAGAUGGGAUUUGAUAUAAUUUAUAAAUGUAUGAACACUAUAAUGACUUUUUCAUAUAUCCGAGAUAAAUCGAGCUAAAAUGGUCGGACCAUUAACCCUCACCAGACAGCAACUUGUAACACCCUUCCCACCACUUAUCAACAAAUCUGAGAGACCAAGUAGUAAGUGUAGAAAUACUUGGCUUCAUUCUUGGUCACUGUCCGGCGAGACGUCAUUGGAGAUCUCUUGGGCUCCAAAAUCUUCACCCGCCAUUUUUAAUUAAGCUGUGACACCACAAUUACUGACUAAAUGACUACUUGAAAAUGUAGUUUCCUACAUUAUUGUGUAUAACUGCACUACCUAUAUACUACGGAUUGUGAUUGAAUGAAAAACUAUCCACCCGUCCAAGAGGACAAGAAAAGGAUCACAAUUUUUUUCUAUAUGUAGAGCAAGAUAGAUCAACAAUUAUAGAAAUAAUCCUCCGUUUAAAUCAAUAGUUGAAGUUAAGUAAAACAAUUAGGAAUUAAAUGCACCAUAUUAAUUAUUUGUUUUUUUUUUCAAAUUAAAACCUACACUAAAUACAUUUUCUCUCACUAUAUUUGAUUUUUUCUUUUUCAGCAGUCUCCGACCACCAGACUUCCUCCGACCGCCACACUUCUCUGGUGAAAAUCCCAUCGGCGGACUCCCUCCGACCACCUCCAAAAAAUAUACCACUACACUGAUACGUUGUACCACUGUACUGGUAGAUAUACCACUGCACUGGUAGUGAUAUCAGUGCAUUGGUAGCAAUGUCAUAUCUGAGUAUCAGUGCAGCGGUACAUAUACCAGUAAAGUGGUACAACAUAUCAGUGCAGUGGUAUAUUUUUGCAUGUGACCGGAGAGAGUUUGUCGGCAGAUUUUACCGGCGAAGUGUGGUGGUCGGAGGAAACUUGGUGGUCGGAGGCUGCUCGGAAAGGAAGAAUCAGAGAUAGGAGUGAGAAAGAUCAAAGAUGAGAGAGAGAAUUGUAUUUUGUAUAUGUUUAGAUUUUUUUAAAAAACAAGUAAUUAAUGUGGUGUAUUUAAUGCUUACUUUGUAUUUAAUAACAAAACAUUUAUUAUGUUUACUUUCAUUAAUACUUGUCAAUAAUUAAUGAAAAAUUGACCAAUUA